CUCGUGUUAAUUAAUUAGCUCAGUUUGCGCAAACACCCGCAAUGCAGGCAAGGUGUAAAUAGAGGCAUAUUAAAACUGCGCAAAUAUGAAGAUGAGAGCGUAUUUUAUUGCUUGUCUAUUUCUCUUUCAUUUCGCUCUAACCAGGGCAGAUGAUGGUGAAUAUGCAAGCGUAUUGUUGGAUCCUCUAUCAAACCGACUCUAUGUCGAAGACGAUGUUCUUGAAGGCGCUGUAGCAUGGGCUAGAUUCUCCAACCAAGUCAACAAGACUGGGUAUGCUGCUUUUGUUCAUACACACUUUCUUUAAUACUGUUUAUAUUUUAGUAAAUACUUGACUGCCAAGUGCUAUAGUGUUCUAGUUAAUGCCUCAAUAAGCCUAAAAAGUAUUUUAUUUUGGCUUAGUUAGCUUAGUAUAAAAGUAUAAAACCAUACUUCCGUCAUGUGAUUCUAGUGUGACUUGGCUUGCAUUCGUUAUUUUCGUAUUAAAUUGCUAAACUGUAGGAACUAAUCGCCAUUGGACAAUAUUAAGAUAGAAAUAUUUCUGUAUAAGAAAAAAAUAUUGUUGAAUCUUUUUAUUUGCGUGCUUUGUAUUAUUGAAAGUCACGACAUCGUACAAGGAAUUUUUUUGAUCAAGAAAAUGUUAUAUCUUAAGUGGAAACAGUAGUUGUUUUGAAACCGGAGAGCUCUAUUUGUUACUGGAGUGGAUACACGUUUCAUGAUUGCAUGGAAAAUAUGCUAAUUUUUAAAAAUAUGCAAUUAGCGUAUUUCCAUGAGACUUUUGGAGUGAACCGAUUAAAAAAUUAAAAAUUAAAAAUUUCUAACCUUCCCUGAAGAAUUUCUAUUUUGACCAUCCCAGAAAACCCAUCUGUCAGAUUAGCCUGUACCAAUAUUGACAUUCUGUUGCUAUGUAGAUGGUCAUACUUAGAGGUGCACACAACAAGUACCUACCCAGACGACAUCCAGUCUCUGGCUGCUGGCAUGGUAGAAGGAUAUUUGACAGCAGAAUUUAUCUUGAUGCAGUGGAAAAACACCCUCGCUACGUAUUGUUCACAGAAUCAAAAGAUGUGUGAUAAACUUAAGAUGUUCUUGUAUGAGAACUCCAUUUUUUUGUCUUCUCAAAUUGAGUCAAAUAAUUUGGAUCCUUACUGGUAUCAGGUAUUCGUUAUGUAUUGCUUUGGUAUGAACUCAAGAAUCAUGACCAUUAUUACCACCCUCACCAUCAUUGUGACCAUGCUUAUCACCACCAUCAUCAUCAUCAUUAUUACCAUCAUAAUCACCACCACAACCAUCUUCAUCACCAUCACUACUAUGACCAUACCAUUACCAUGUUCAUUACAAUCACCAUAAUCAUCAUUAUUACCAUGAUCAUCACAAUCACCAUAAUCAUCAUUAUUACCAUGAUCAUCACAAUCACCAUGAUCAUCAUUAUUACCAUGAUCAUCACCAUACUACUAUCACCACCACAACCAUCUUCACCACCAUCAUCAUCAUUAUUACCAUCAUAAUCACCACCACAACCAUCUUCAUCACCAUCACUACUAUGACCAUACCAUUACCAUGAUCAUCACAAUCACCAUGAUCAUCAUUAUUAUCAUGAUCAUCACCAUACUACUAUCACCACCACAACCAUCUUCACCACCAUCAUCAUCAUUACAAUGACAAUACAAUUACCAUGAUCAUCACAUUCACCACUAUCAUCACCAUCAUAACCCUAUCCUUGUUACCAUUCAUCCAGGUGAAACUACUGUAUCAACAACUUACUGGUCUUGGUCAAGGUUACGCAGCCAGCGAGACAGGAAUGAGUAACCCAUUGACAUCGUUUGAUUUCAAGUAAGACAAGAAAGUAAAACUAAAGCGAUAACAUGCAAUGUUGAUUUACA